AUGUGGUCUUCUUCUUCUUCUUCUUCUUCUUCUUCUUCUUCUUCUUCUUCUUCUUCUUCUUCUUCUUCUUCUUCUUCUUCUUCUUCUUCUUCUUCUUCUUCUUCUUCUUCUUCUUCUUCUUCUUCUUCUUCUUCUUCUUCUUCUUCUUCUUCUUCUUCUUCUUCUUCUUCUUCUUCUUCUUCUUCUUCUUCUUCUUCUUCUUCUUCUUCUUCUUCUUCUUCUUCUUCUUCUUCUUCUUCUUCUUCUUCUUCUUCUUCUUCUUCUUCUUCUUCUUCUUCUUCUUCUUCUUCUUCUUCUUCUUCUUCUUCUUCUUCUUCUUCUUCUUCUUCUUCUUCUUCUUCUUCUUCUUCUUCUUCUUCUUCUUCUUCUUCUUCUUCUUCUUCUUCUUCUUCUUCUUCUUCUUCUUCUUCUUCUUCUUCUUCUUCUUCUUCUUCUUCUUCUUCUUCUUCUUCUUCUUCUUCUUCUUCUUCUUCUUCUUCUUCUUCUUCUUCUUCUUCUUCUAGUAGUAGUAGUAGUAGUAGUAGUAAUAGUAGUAGUAGUAGUAGUAGUAGUAGUAGUAGUAGUAGUAGUAGUAGUAGUAGUAGUAGUAGUAGUAGUGGUAGCAGUAGCUCAUAG